UCGACGGCUCAUUCGCGUUUCAACCUUUGCGCGACUCUCACGCAACGUCAGAGCGGAGUUAGCAUCAACGGGAUUCGAAGUAAAUCACGAAACAAAAAUUUCAUAUAAACACGAGUAAAGUAAACGCUGUCGCUGCGCCUCCUCCUUCGCCACUCGUUUAAAUUUGUAUAUCGCUGUGGCUGAUAAGCAAAACGAAAAUACGAACACACGCAAAAUAAAAAAAAAAGAAGCACAGCAGCGCCUCCUCAGCCGAAAGCCAUGGCAAGACAAGGCAAAACAAUGGCAAUAACGGUCGAGUAAUUAACAAAAAUGCGCGUCGAGCGACAACUGAAUGAAGAAAAAGUAAGAGAAAUAAAAAUAGCUAAGCAAACUGAAACAGCAAAGUGAAGUGAACUGAAAAUUGUGUGUGUGAGCGAGAAUUCCAUUGAGUAGUGAACUUGGAAGCGUGAAGCUGAGGCGCCUCCGGCUGGUUCCCAGGCAGGUCGCACUCGACUUUUAUAUGCAACAUCCACUUGCAUAAGAUCGGUAUCAGUGUGUGUGCGUAAAUCCCUCUUCGCGUGUGUGUGUGUGUGUGUGCGGAAAUGGCUUAGUGCGUUGGCAAAAAUGUUGUGAUUAAAAGUGAACGUUACGUUUGUGUGUCAAGAGGGGGUCAACGUCAAACUAGCGUGCCUCAAACGAACAAGCGAACGAAAGCGCGAAAUUCGCCAAAUACCUAAAGCCAGUAACAGCAAUAACAACCACAGCAAACAGCAACAGCCAGAAACGACAGCAACGAUGACAGUCGACGCAACAUCAGCGGCAACAGCAGUUGCAACAUCGCUUGCAGCGGAAGUAGCAGCAACCACAACAAACAGGAGUAGCAACAACAUCAACAACAGCGGCAGCAGCACGGAGAACAGUCCUGUCCAUCAGCUCAACAGUAGCGUGGACAGCGGCAUCGCAGUCCUCGACACGGAGAUGGAGGCACAAAGCCUCAAGCUGCGUCAGCGGUUGCAGCAAUGUCAGCGCAUUCUUCAGGUGCUGCAGCGGGAUCACACUACGUAUCAGCUGCUGCGCGAUAGAUUAAGCAAAAUAGUCGAUAAGAAGAAGGAGAAGAAGGAGAACGGCGAGGAGCUGCAAAGCUGCAAUGUCUGCGGUGCGGACCUCGACACAAGCAGUGCCAAAAACUAUGUCACGUGUUGCACAUGUGGCAAAUUCGUGUGCCGUGGCAUCAAGUGCGCCGACUGGCGGCCAAAGGAUGCCCAAUGGGAGUGCGAGCUGUGCCACAGCUCGAAGCAAUCGCUGGCCCACACCUCCUCGUGGGUUGCCGAGCAAAUGUGCUUCAAUCAGCAGAAGUUCGUCUAUCCCCUGCGGGCACGCAGCGAAGUCUACAUACCCAUCACAGACAGCUCAAUGCAGUUUGAGAGCGUCAGUCAAGCGGGAGCGAAUAGCAUGACCAACAUGACGGGCGACGAACGCAACAGGAUACGUGAAUAUGUCGAGGAAAUUGUUGCCGAAAUGCUUGGCAGCAAUCUGGAUCACAUCAAAGUCGGUCAAUUGUCCAAGAGCGAGAACUACAUGCAGCUGUUUGAUAGAUACCAUGCGAAACUGAGCAACCUGCUUAUCAAUGUGGAGAACGCUUUGUGCGUUCGUGCGCUCAAAGGAGAUUUGCCCGCCAUUGUCAACGGCAACAGCAACAAUAACAACAAUAAUAACAACACCAACAGCAGCAACAACAACAGUGGCAACAACAAUGAGCUGUCGGACAUUUCGCAGACGCGACUGCGCAAUCUUAUUGAGAGCAUCAUUGCGGAGACGCUGCGCACUGGGGCAAACACCUUGGGUCCCAGCGCAGCUGUUUCGGAGAUAAGUCUGGACACCCGCUCGACUGGACAGCUCAGCAAUGGCAACAAGCGGCGCCAUCGCACCGAGCACUAUUUCGAGCCAAAGAUCUAUCAGGAUCUGUUGGCCACAGCGGUGCUCAAUAAGAUUGCGGAUAAGGAAGGCAAUGCCAGACUUAUAUCGGAGAGCACACCGGACCUGAGUGGUCACAACAUUGAUGAGAAUUACAAUGCCGAAGCGUUGAGCACUACGUCCGGUAGCUCCAUAGAACCGCGCAGCGACUGCAGCCUAACCGACAAUGAACUGCUACUCAAUGCUGGCAAAACCGAAUCACAUGCUGGGUUGAAAGCUGAUCUGGAACGCGAAUCGGUUUUGAGUGACUAUAUUGCUGCUCACAUGGUGCCGCUGCCUGACUUCUCAGCGUCUGUUACCGAAUCAGAAGAUGAUAUUACCUCCAUGUCAUCGAGUAUGGUCGGUGAUGCCACCUGGGAAGACAACUGGUUAUUCAAGAAGAAGCGCAGCACCUUGCAAAGUUCGGCAACACCGAGCAGCAUUGGAAUGCUGGUGCCGGCACCCAAAGAGAAUGUGCGUGCCCAGAUUGGCGAUAGAACCGCCGAUGAGGUUAGCGAUCUGUCCGAGAUAGGCUCAGAUGCCGAAGAGUCAUCUCUGGAUUUAUUGCGAUGCAAUGAUUUAAACGAUCGACUGUUGAGCAAGCAUCUGAUUGGAGGACAAAACACAAAGCUAGUGCUGGAUGAGCUAGUGGAUCGCACGAGCUUAACCUCAAACACUUUACCAGAAGAGCACGAACCAGCCAUUACUGAGACCACAAAUACAUUUGUCACACAGCCCUCGACAAUUUCAGUGCCAAAAGAACAAAUGGCUCCACCGCCACCAAUGAGUUUUCAAGAUGACCAGGAAAACGAAGAUCCUGCCCAAACUCUAAUAGCAGCCAGCUUACACGAAACAGAUGAUCUUGCCGAUCUCGAGGGUUGUACGGGCUUUGGGGACGUUGAAUAUUUUGAUGAUAAUCAAGAAGUUGAAAAUACACCAUCUGUCAUCGAAAUAUUAGCUGCCAUGGCGCUGGGACCCAUGCUAGCAGUUCCAGCAUCUGAGCAGCCCCCGAUUAUGACGGCCACCGAAAUUCAUACACUCAAGGAAUUAAGCGAUUUAGCUCUAGCUGAAAUUAACGCGCGCACAAUGGACCUAACUCACCAUUCACUGGAUAUCAUCGAAGAGGAGUAUGCGGAUGCACAACCUGUACAAAUUUUAACUCCACAUGAUGAAGCUUCAAACCCCUUUGUUGCUGCCGUUGAAAGCACAGAGUUAGCAGAAAAAGUUCGCGAAGUUACGACGGUAAUAAAUGCACAAGCAAUCGAGAUUUCGGAAAUUAUGCUCACUCCAGAUGAAACACCUGUAGCACCUCUUACAAUUGUUGCUUUUGCGGAUAUUUUACCCACGCCACUGCUUUCUCCUACGGAAUUUUCUGCACCAGAACAAACAGAUCUAACAUCAGUUCUAGACACGACAGCAUUCAUCUCUCCAUCAACGAAGGUUCUUCCUACACCUAUAACAGAAAUCUCUACACCGGUAAUAGAAAACGUUUCAGUAGUGGAGAAUCCCUCACCAACAUUAGAAAUUCCUGCACAUGCAUUAGAAGAGGUGGCUGCCAAAGAGAUUUCAGCUCCAUCAAUAGAGGAGAUUACUGUGGCGGAAAUUCCCGCGCCACCAAAAGAGGCUAUGGCUGCAACAGAAACACCUGCACCAAAAGAAGAAGAGCUUGCUACAACUGAGAUUCCUACUUCUGUUAUUGAAGAAGCUCCUGCAUUAAAAAUUCCUGCACCACCAGUGGAGAUGGCAGUGGCAGAAAUUCCUGCACCUGUAAUAGAUAACGUUACUGCAGCAGAAAUUGAGGAGGUUGCGGUGCCGGAAAUUCCUGCCCAGGUAAUAGAAGAGGUUGCCGCAACAGAGAUACCUGCACCUAUAAUUGAAGAAGUUGCUGCACUAGAAGUCCCUGUACCACCAGAGGAGAUUGCUACACCAGAAAUUCCUGCCCCAGUAAUAGAAGACAUUGUUGCCACAGAGAUUCCAGAACUUGUAAUUGAAGAGGCAGCUGCCCCAGAAAUCCCUGCACCACCAGAGGAGGUUGCUGUGGCGGAAAUUCCUGUGCCAGCAGUAGAAGAGAUUGAUGCACACGAAAUCCCUGCACCAGUAAUCGAAGAGUUUGCUACAACAGAGAUUCCUUCACCUAUAAUUGAAGAAGCUCCAGCAUUAAAAGUCCCUGCACCUGUAAUAGAUGACGUUACUCCUGCAAAAGAAAUAGAGGAGGAUGCUGUGGUGGAAAAUCCUGCUCCAAUAAUAGAAGAGAUUGCCGCAACAGAGAAUCCUGCACCUAUAAUUGAAGAAGUUGCUGCUCUACAAUUCCCUGUACCACCAGAGGCGUUCCCUAUGGCAGAAAUUCCUGCCCCGGUAAUAGAAGAGGUUGCUACUACACAAAUUCCUGCAUCACCAAUAGAGCAGGUUGGAGCAGUAGAAACUACUUCACCAGCAGUAGAUGAGGUUGCUGUGACAGAUAUUCUUGCACCAGCAACAGAGGAUGUUGCUGUUACAGAAACUCCUGCACCAGCAACAGAGGAGGCUGCUGCUACAGAGAUUCUUGCGCCAGCAAUAGAGGAGGAUGCUGCUACAGAAAUUCCUGCACCAGCAAUAGAGGAGGUUGCUGUCACAGAAACUCCUGCGCCAACAAAAGAAAAAAUUGCUGUUACAGAACCUCCUCCGACAGCAAGAGAGAAAGUUGCUGCUACAGAGAUUCUUGCACCAGCAACAGAGGAGGCUGCUGUCACAGAAACUACUGCGCCAACAAUAGAAGAAGUUGCUGUGACAGAAAUUCCGGCGCCAGCAAUAGAGGAGGUUGCUGUGACAGAAAUUGCUGCGCUAGCAACAGAGAAGGUUGCUGUGACAGAAACUCCUGCCCCAGCGACAGAGGAGGUUGCUGCUACAGAAACUCCUGCAUCACCAAUAGAGGAGGUUGCUGCUGCGAACAUUCCAGCACCAUCAAUAGAGGACGUUGCUGCUACAGACAUUCCUGAGCCAGUAACAGAGGAGGAUGCUGCUACAGAAAUUCCUGCGCCAGCAAUAGAGGAGGCUGCUGUCACAGAAAUUCCUGCGCCAACCAUAGAAAAAGUUGCUGCUACAGAGAUUCUUGCACCAGCAACAGAGGAGGCUGCUGUCACAGAAACUACUGCGCCAACAAUAGAAGAAGUUGCUGUGACAGAAAUUCCGGCGCCAGCAAUAGAGGAGGUUGCUGUGACAGAAAUUGCUGCGCUAGCAACAGAGGAGGUUGCUGUGACAGAAACUCCUGCGCCAGCAACAGAGGAGGUUGCUGUGACAGAUUCUCCUGCGCCAGCAACAGAGGAGGUUGCUGUGACAGAAACUCCUGCGCCAGCAACAGAGGCGGUUGCUGUGACGGAAACUUCUGGGCCAGCAACAGAGGAGCUUACUGCUACAGAAACUCCAGCACCAGCAACACAGGAGGUUGCUGUGACAGAAAUUUCUGCGCCAGCAACAGAGGAAGUUGCGGCUACAGAUAUUCCUGCGCCAGCAACAAAGGAGGUUGCUGUGACAGAAACUCCAGCACCAGCAACAGAGGAGGUUGCUGUGACAAAAAUUUCUACGCCAGCAACAGAGAAAGUUGCUGCUGCAGAUAUUCCUACACCAGUAAUUGAGGAGAUUGCUGUGACAGAAACUCCUGCGCCAGCAACAGAGGAGGUUGCCGUGACAGAAACUACUGCGCCAGCAGCAGAAGAGGUUGCUGUGACAGAAACUCCAGCACCAGCAAUAGAAGAGGUUGCUGCUACAGAAACUCCAGCACCAGCAACAGAGGAAGUUGCUGCUUCAAAUAUUCCUACACCAGCAAUUGAGGAGGUUGCUGUGACAGAAACUCCAGCACCAGAAAUAGAAGAGGUUGCUGCUAGAGAAACUCCAGCACCAGCAAUAGAAGAGGUUGCUGUGACAGAAAUUCCAGCGCCAGCAACAGAGGAGGUUGCUGCUACAGAAACUUCAGCACCAGCAACAGAGGAGGUUGCUGUGGCAGAAAUUCCUGCGCCAGCAACAGAAGAGGUUGCUAUAACGGAAACUCCAGCACCUGCAACAGAGGAGGUUGCUGUGACAGAAAUUCCUGCGCCAGCAACAGAGGAGGCUGCUGUGACGGAAACUCCUGCACCAGCAACAGAGGAGGUUGCUGUGACAGAAACUACUGCGCCAGCAACAGAGGAGGUUGCUGUGACAGAAACUCCAGCACCAGCAAUAGAAGAGGUUGCUGCUACAGAAACUCCAGCACCAGCAACAGAGGAAGUUGCUGCUACGCCAGCAACAGAGGAGGUUGCUUUGACAGAAACUCCAGCACCAGCAAUAGAAGAGGUUGCUGCUACAGAAACUCCAGCACCAGCAACAGAGGAAGUUGCUGCUACUGAUAUUCCUUCACCAGCAAUAGAGGAGGUUGCUGUGACAGAAAUUCCUGCGCCAGCAACAGAGGAGGUUGCUGUGAAAGAAAUUCCUGCGCCAGCAACAGAGGAGGUUGCUCUGACGGAAACUUCUGCACCAGCAACAGAGGAGGUUGCUGUGACAGAAGCUACUGCGCCAGCAACAGAGGAGGUUGCUGUGACAGAAGCUACUGCGCCAGCAAUAGAAGAGGUUGCUGCUACAGAAACUCCAGCACCAGCAACAGAGGAAGUUGCUGCUACUGAUAUUUCUGCACCAGCUAUAGAGGAGGUUGCUGUGACAGAAAUUCCUGCGCCAGCUACAGAGGAGGUUGCUGUGACAGAAACUCCUGCGCCAGCAACAGAGGAGGUUGCUGUGGCAGAAACUCCAGCACCAGCAACAGAGGAGGUUGCUGUGACGGAAACUCCUGCGCCAGCAACAGAGCAAGUUGCUGCUACAAAUAUUCCUACACCAGCAAUUGAGGAGGUUGCUGUGAAAGAAAGUUCUGCGCCAGCAACAGAGGAGGUUGCUGUGGCAGAAACUCCAGCACCAGCAAUAGAAGAGGUUGCUGUGACAGAAAUUCCUGCGCCAGCAACACAGGAGGUUGCUGCUACAGAAACUCCAGCACCAGCAGCAGAGGAGGUUGCUGCUACAGAAACUCCAGCACCAGCAGCAGAGGAGGUUGCUGUGACAAGAAUUCCUGCGCCAGCAACAGAGGAGGUUGCUGUGACGGAAACUCCGGCACCAGCAACAGAGGAGUUUGCUGUGACAGAAAUUCCUACGCCAGCAACAGAGGAGGCUGCUGUGACGGAAACUCCUGCACCAGCAAUAGAGGAGGUUGCUGUGACAGAAACUACUGCGCCAGCAACAGAGGAGGUUGCUGUGACAGAAACUCCAGCACCAGCAAUAGAAGAGGUUGCUGCUACAGAAACUCCAGCACCAGCAACAGAGGAAGUUGCUGCUACUGAUAUUCCUGCGCCAGCAACAGAGGAGGUUGCUGUAACAGAAACUCCAGCACCAGCAAUAGAAGAGGUUGCUGCUACUGAUAUUUCUGCACCAGCAACAGAGGAAGUACCUGCUACUGAUAUUUCUGCACCAGCAACAGAGGAAGUACCUGCUACUGAUAUUUCUGCACCAGCAAUAGAGGAGGUUGCUGUGACAGAAAUUCCUGCGCCAGCUACAGGGGAGGUUGCUGUGACAGAAACUCCUGCGCCAGCAACAGGGGAGGUUGCUGUGGCAGAAACUCCAGCACCAGCAACAGAGGAGGUUUCUGUGACGAAAACUCCUGCCCCAGCAAUAGAGAAGGUUGCUACUACAGAUAUUCUUGCGCCAGCAAUAAAGGAGGUUGCUGUGACAGAAAUUCCUGCGCCAGCAAGAGAGGAAGUUGCUGUGGCAGAAAUUUUUGCGCCAGCAACAGAGGAAGUUGCUGCUACAGAUAUUCCUACACCAGCCAUAGAAGAGCUUGCUGUGACAGAAACUCCUGCGCCAGCAAUUGAGGAGGUUGCAGCAAUAGAAGAGUUUGCUGUGACAGAAACUCCAGCACCAGCAACAGAGGAAGUUGCUGUGGCAGAAACUCCAGCACCAGCAAUAGAAGAGGUUGCUGUGACGGAAAAUCCUGCACCAGCAACAGAGGAGGUUGCUGUGACAGAAACUACUGCGCCAGCAACAGAGGAGGUUGCUGUGGCAGAAACUCCAGCACCAGCAAUAGAAGAGGUUGCUGUGACAGAAACUCCAGCACCAGCAACAGAGGAAGUUGCUGUUACUGAUAUUCCUGCACCAGCAAUAGAGAAGGUUGCUGUGACAGAAAUUCCUGCGCCAGCAACAGAGGAGGUUGCUGUGACAGAAACACCUGCGCCAGCAACAGAGGAGGUUGCUGUGGCAGAAACUCCAGCACCAGCAACAGAGGAGGUUGCUGUGACGGAAGCUCCUGCACCAGCAACAGAGGAGGUUGCUGUGACGGAAACUCCUGCACCUGCAAUAGAGGAGGUUGCUGUGACAGAAACUCCAGCACCAGCAGCAGAGGAGGUUGCUGUGGCAGAAAUUCCUGCGCCAGCAACAAAGGAAGUUGCUGUUACAGAUAUUCUUGCACCAACAAUAGAGGAGGUUGAUGUGACAGAAACUCCAGCACCAGCAAGAGAGGAAGUUGCUGUGGCAGAAACUCCAGCACCAGCAAUAGAAGAGGUUGCUGUGACAAAAAUUCCUUCGCCAGCAACAGAGGAGGUUGCUGUGACGGAAACUCCAGCACCAGCAGCAGAGGAGGUUGCUGUGGCAGAAAUUCCUGCGCCAGCAAUAGAGGAGGUUGCUGUGACAGAAAAUCCUGCGCCAGCAAUUGAGGAGGUUGCUGUGGCAGAAACUCCACCACCAGCAACAGAGGAAGUUUCUGUGGCAGAAACUCCAGCACCAGCAAUAGAAGAGGUUGCUGUGACAAAAAUUCCUUCGCCAGCAACAGAGAAGGUUGCUGUGACGGAAACUCCAGCACCAGCAGCAGAGGAGGUUGCUGUGGCAGAAAUUCCUGCGCCAGCAACAAAGGAAGUUGCUGUUACAGAUAUUCUUGCACCAACAAUAGAGGAGGUUGCUGUGACAGAAACUCCAGCACCAGCAACAGAGGAAGUUGCUGUGGCAGAAACUCCAGCACCAGCAAUAGAAGAGGUUGCUGUGACAAAAAUUCCUUCGCCAGCAACAGAGGAGGUUGCUGUGACGGAAACUCCAGCACCAGCAGCAGAGGAGGUUGCUGUGGCAGAAACUCCAGCACCAGCAAUAGAAGAGGUUGCUGUGACGGAAACUCCUGCACCAGCAACAGAGGAGGUUGCUGUGACAGAAACUACUGUGCCAGCAACAGAGGAGGUUGCUGUGGCAGAAACUCCAGCACCAGCAACAGAGGAAGUUGCUGUGACAAAAAUUCCUGCGCCAGCAACAGAGGAGGUUGCUGUGACGGAAACUCCAGCACCAGCAGCAGAGGAGGUUGCUGUGGCAGAAAUUCCUGCGCCAGCAAUAGAGGAGGUUGCUGUGACAGAAAAUCCUGCGCCAGCAAUUGAGGAGGUUGCUGUGACAGAAACUUCAGCACCAGCAAUAGAAGAGGUUGCUGUGACAGAAACUCCAGCACCAGCAACAGAGGAGGUUGCUGUGACAGAAACACCUGCGCCAGCAACAGAGGAGGUUGCUGUGGCAGAAACUCCAGCACCAGCAAUAAAAGAGGUUGCUGUGACAGAAAUUCCUGCACCAGCAACAGAGGAAGUUGCUGUGACAGAAACACCUGCGCCAGCAACAGAGGAGGUUGCUGUGACAGAAAUUCCUGCGCCAGCAACAGAGGAGGUUGCUGUGACGGAAACACCUGCGCCAGCAACAGAGGAGGUUUCUACUACAGAUAUUCUUGCGCCAGCAAUAGAGGAGGUUGCUGUGACAGAAAUUCCUGCGCCAGCAAUUGAGGAGGUUGCUGCUACAGAUAUUCUCACACCAGCAAUUGAGGAGGUUGCUGUGACAGAAAUUCCUGCGCCAGCAACAAAGGAAGUUGCUGUUACAGAUAUUCUUGCACCAACAAUAGAGGAGGUUGCUGUGACAGAAAUUCCUGCGCCAGCAACAGAGGAGGUUGCUGUGACAGAAACACCUGCGCCAGCAACAAAGGAGGUUGCUGUGACGGAAACUCCUGCGCCAGCAAUAGAGGAGGUUUCUACUACAGAUAUUCUUGCUCCAGCAAUAGAGAAGGUUGCUGUGACAGAAAAUCCUGCGCCAGCAACAAAGGAAGUUGCUGUUACAGAUAUUCUUGCACCAACAAUAGAGGAGGUUGCUGUGACAGCAACUCCUGCGCCAGCAACAGAGGAGGUUGCUGUGACAGAAACACCUGCGCAAGCAACAGAGGAGGUUGCUGUGACAGAAACACCUGCGCUAGCAACAGAGGAGGUUGCUGUGACAGAAACACCUGCGCCAGCAACAGAGGAGGUUGCUGUGACAGAAACACCUGCGCCAGCAACAGAGGAGGUUGCUCUGACAGAACUUCCUGCGCCAGCAACAAAGGAGGUUGCUGCUACAGAUAUUCUUGCACCAACAAUAGAACAGGUUACUGUGACAGAAACUCCUGCGACAGCUAUAGACGAAGUUGCUGCUACAGAUAUUCUUGCACCAACAAUAGAAGAGGUUGCUGUGACAGAAACUCCACCACCAGCAACAGAGGAGGUUGCUGUGACAGAAAUUUUUGCGCCAGCAACAGAGGAGGUUGCUGCUACAGAUAUUCUUGCAACAACAAUAGAAGAGGUUGCUGUGACAGAAACUCCACCACCAGCAACAGAGGAGGUUGCUGUGAGAGAAAUUUUUACGCCAGCAACAGAGGAGGUUGCUGCUACAGAUAUUCUUGCACCACCAAUAGAAAAGGUUGCUGUGACAGAAACUUCUGCGCCAGCAAUUGAGGAGGUUGUUGUGAAAGAAACUCCUGUGCCAGCAAUUGAGGAGGUUGCUGUGACAGAAACUCCAGCACCAGCAACGGAGAAGGUUGUUGUCACAGAAACUCCUGCGCCAGAAAUAGAGAAGGUUGCUGUGACAGAAAUUCCUGCGCCAUCAAUAAAGAAGGUUGCUGUGACAGAAACUCUCGCGCCAGUAACACAAGUGAUUGCAGCAACGCAAACUACUUCACCAGCAAUAGAGGAGGUUGCUGUGACAAAGAUGCCUGCACCAGAAAUAAAAGAGGUUGCUGUAAUAGAAACUCCAGCACCAGCAAUAGAGGUUGCUAUGACUGAAACUUCUACGCCGGCAACAGACAUGGUUGCUAUGACUGAAACUUCUACGCCGGCAACAGACAUGGUUGCUAUGACUGAAACUUCUACGCCUGCAACAGUGGAGAUUGCAGCAACGGAAAGUACUUCACCAGCAAUAGAGAUUCCUCUACCAGCUACAGAAAUUCGAGCACCAGCCAUAGAGGAGGUUUCUGUGACAGAAACUCCUACGUCAGCAACGCCGGAGGUUGCAGCAGCACAAACUACUUCACCAGCUAUAAAUAAAGUUGCUAGGACAGCAACUUCUGCGCCAGCAACAGAGGAGGUUGCCUCAGCGGAAGCUAUUUCACCAGCAAUAGAGAAGGUUGCUGCUGCAGAGAUUCCUGCACCACCAAUAGGGCAAGUUGCUGCUGCGCAAACUAGUUCACCAGCAAUAGAGGAGAUCUCUGCUACAGAGAUUCCUGCACCAACAGGUCAGGAGGUUGUUGCAUCAGAGAUCCCUGCGUCAGCAUAUGAGAAAACAAAUGUAGAUAAAAAUAGGCUUUCAACGAAGGCAAAUACAAAAAUGUGUUUUCCUCAGAACGUGAUAAUUGACUCACAUAUUGAAAAUGUGGGAGAAAUUGAUUUAGAAAUUCCGGCAGAGACGCAGGUUGAGAUGGAUCUUCUGCAAAUGACAGCAGACACAAUGCAGAGUGAAUUGAAUCUAGGCUCAAUUGCGGAACGCGAAGUCAAAAAGUGGUACAAUGCUGUCGAAAUGCCCAACAAUCCCUAUGCGCCCGAGGCGCUCAAGCAACGCAUUAGCGGCACCCAGGAGCGCUUCAUGGACGUACCCAACAUCAGUCCUAGUGUGGAGCAAAAGGCGUUGGCUCAGAUGACCACCGAAAUCGUGGAGCCUGCCAGUCGUGCCGAGGACUACAAGCGUUAUAGUCGGGACUAUUACAUCAACGAUGCGCCCAGCGAGAGCAGCAAAGCGCAGUCUUUGGCUGGCAGCGUCAGUGCCAGCGCCUGCAGCAUGGAGCCAACAACAGCGCCAACCGAUGAGGAUAUUGUCAUCAAUGAGGCUUCAAAUGCAAACAAAAAUGCAGCCGACGCGUCCUGUGUUUAUACAGCAAUGCCCGUCCAGGUGAUCGAAGAGGGCAAUGCAAGUCUGGAGACGCAAUCGAAUCCAUCGAUGCAAUCGCAGCACACAACCAGCGAUGACUCGGAUACGGUGCGUGUCUACGAUUUCAAUAACCAGGAAACGCGAGUCAUCAGCAAGUCGGAAACUGUGGGCGAACAGCCCAGCACAUCGAGCACAUCAUCUAUGGAGUCGGCACUUAGUGCACCCUCCGCCUCCUCCUCCUCCAUAGAUGCGUCUCGCAAACGUGAAAGACCCGUCGUGCUGCAGUUUGGACCCGCUGAUGCGGUGCCCACAGUCUGUUCGUCACCCACAAUGACUCCGACACGCGGUUCCACGCCGCCAGCUUUUAGAUUUCUGCAACCAAAGCGACGCCUAAUCGAACCAAGCCAAGUUCUGUCCAUAGACGAAGAUGAAGUGCCUGAACCAAGCACGCCGGUGGAAAAACCGCCAAUCGAAGAUGAAGUGGCACAUGCGAUGCCCUCAGUGAAGGCGCUGGCUCAAGCCUUUCUGCUAACCAGCAAACGAACGCAGCCCGAACGACGCUGGCGAAAGACUGUGCGACUGAUUGCGCCACCCGAGACACCAGAGAAACCAUCCACGCCAGUGUCACGUAGGCAUAUGCUGCAACAUGCCGUCUCCAUGGCUGAGGUGGCCGAUGAAUCCACAAUUGCCUCCGAUUUGUCAUCACUCGAAACCGAUCCAUCCAUACAUUCGGAGAGCCAACCCAGUCCCAUUUCCGUUGCGGCACAGGCGAGUCCAGUGCCCGUGCGUCGUGGCUUCCUUAGGAGUAAUAUUGCUUUCUUUGAGAAUUUAAAGUUCAAGUGAAUAUGCCGCCAAGAUCCCUUUUUGAGAUGCGCGCGGCCCUUGGUUGCCUAUUCCACGCCAGGAAUAUGCACAACAAUGGGAGCAGAGCAUCAUAUGCACCUGGAUACCAAAUCAAUAUAUCAAUUCACAACCAAAUAAUCAUGUGCCAUGGCCAGACACACAUUCAAAAGUAUUCAGAUGAUGAUAAGAAGUACUUAAACAAUUGUCGCCCAGUGUGCGUUAUCUAAUGUUAAUUCUAGUUGAUACUUUACUAAUUAAUUAACUAUCCAUGGAUACUAUUUAUUACAUAUUUUAUCUAUUUAUAAGAAAUGUUCUUAGCUUUAAGCUAUGCAAACAUCAUUUGAAUUUGUUAUUUACCGGACCUGUACCUCGAUAUAAACAUAAAAUUGUCGAUGUAUCAUCAUUUAAAUAUUACAUUAAAAUUAAAGAAAAACAAAUUGAGUGUUA